UACGUGAAGCUCCGCCGAGCAGUUGGUAUACACUUCCCGGGCUAUAUGAUUCACGAGGCAGUGUAAUGGUCUGAUAUCCACAAAAAAUGGUUCUUCCUCCUUAGAUAUGCGUCCAAAUCUGCUUAUAAAGAGGAAACCGCUCACAAAACAGGCUCCAACUUUCUCCUAACCACUUCCGACUGCUUCUGUGAUACUAAAGUUGUAAAAAUUGGAAAGUUAAAUCCCGAAAAAGGCUUCAGUGCUUUUCAGUUUGUCCCGGGGACUAAUGAUACUGUAAUUGUGGCUUUGAAGACUUCAGAAAUUCCAAAAAAUCCGCCCGGAGGCACAUAUCUUGCCACGUGGAUUACAGUUUUCCGUACUGAUGGAACAGUGAUUUUGGAGGAUCAAGAACUGGAGAAAAAUGUGAAAUAUGAGGGAAUUGAGCUGGCAAAUGUUUUUAAUUGUCUGUGA